GUUGUCAGCAGCCUUUAUCUGAUACCGAACAGAUCGCAUCUCAAGACACCGACGUACAAUCAGACGAUGGAUGUAAAGACAGUUGCUGCUUGCCAAAGGGAGGCUCAGAUGAAGCUAGCAUGCGUCACGUCCUUGUAGGCGCGUGUGUUCCCGACGGCAAAGGCGGUUGCGAGAGGUCGCGAGGUGCGCAAGGAUUAGGAUGUUGUGCGUCUGGGAAAGAUGCGUCUUCUGAGGGCCAAUGUUGCGUUGACUCGAAGCCCGAAGUAGACGAUUGUGCCGAAUGCUUGGUCGAGCCAGAUACAGCAUGCAAGGACGGCUCUUGUGCCGAUGUCGAAGCUCCGUCCUGUGGACAAAGCUGCUGUGGCGAUUCCGAUACGAAAACGAAAGAUUCGUGCUGUGGUUCCGAACCUUUCGUUGAGACUCAGCAUAAUGGCCCUUACGCCGCUGUCGAAACUCCGUCUUGUGGGCAAGGCUGUUGUGGCGAUUCCGACAUAAAGACGAAAGAUUCAUGCUGCGUCUCCGCUCAGGAGGACGCCAAAGGCAUCGCCAACUCACAGAAGACGCCCUGCUGUGCAGUCCCCGAAGCUGUCGCAGGCUCUCCAUCGUGUGAGAAAGGAUGCUGUGACGAUAACGUGAGCGAGCCCCGCGACUUCAAAGGACUUCCGAAAUCCUCCUACGAAGAGAAGUGUUGCUCUGCCAUUGUAGACACGUGCUGCGGUGAAGACAAAGAGUCCUUCUCUGAUGAGAAGCCAUGUAAAGAUGCGUGUUGCUCCGAAAAGACAGCGAAUACCGCCUCUUCUAGUUGCUGUGCGCCGGUGACCAAUGAGAAAUCUCCCCAGGGAGGCUGCGGCCAACCGUCCACGUUGCAGGGUGUCCGUCGCCGUCAUGCGCCUACAAACGAAAUGAACGGUGCCUCUUGCAAACCUCCCGCACAGAAACGUCGUCAGCACCAUCACCACGGCAAAGACAAAUGCGGCAUACAAAGCACCUUCGGCCGAUUUUUCGAAGCUGCCUGUUGCUGUCUCGUGGACUGGAGUCGCAAGACUCCUGGCGCCUCGGUUCAUCACCACCAUGCCAAACGUUCCUCACACCAUCACCACCCCAAGCGGUCGCCCAAUCAUGGACCCGUUCACGGCGAUAUCACCAGUGUCGUUCGCUCCCCAAACGCCUUUGUCCAGAACGAAGCCAAUCUUGUCGAGCUUGGAGCCUCGGAGACCAAGCCAUUGGUCAUGACGGUUAAUGGCAUGGAUUGUCCGUCCUGCGCCGCAAGACUUACCAAAGCGCUCCUCACUAUCCCGUCCGUGAAGGACGUCAAAGUCAAUAGUUUUACUGCCCAGGCAUCGCUCGUAUACACGGAGGGACUGGUCAUCCCGGAGGAGAUAGCGAAACGGGCGACAAUGCUCACCGGGUUCGCAUGUGAGCCGGUUCAGGAGGUUAGAGCUGAAGGGAAGAACAAGAUGAUGCGGAUUGCGGUCGUUCAGGAUGUUGGUGUGAAUUGGGAGAAGUCGGCCUUACCUAUGGGCGUUACGGUUAGGAUGAUGAAGCCUUCUCCAUCAGGCAUGGUCCUGGACGUCGAAUAUGACUCGUCUGUCAUUCAGCCUCGUACCGUCCUCCAGAACUUUUCGAAGUGGGGUGGAGAGUUUAUUCCGAUUCCGAAGCAGAGAGUCAGCGAACAAGCCUCGAAGGAACUUCGGAUCCUCUUUCGUCGCACAACCAUCUCCGCGAUACUCUGUAUCCCCGUCCUAGUGUUCUCAUGGGCCCCUCUUCCCGACAACCCGAUGGUUUACGGCGGAUGCUCGCUCGCCCUCGCCACCCUCAUCCAGUCCUUCAUUGCGGCGCCACUUUACUCGGCAGCUCUUCGUUCGCUCUUCCUUCAGCACAUUAUAGACAUGGACUUGCUCGUCGUUCUGAGUUCGAGUAUCGCCUUCGUCUUUUCGGCCAUCGCGUUCUUCCUCGAGGUCGCCGACCAUCCGUUCUCGACUCCCUUCUUCGAAACGUCUACCUUGCUCAUCACGUUGAUCACCCUCGGUCGCCUCAUUUCAGCGUAUGCCCGCCGCCGCGCUACAUCCGCUCUCGACGACGUCCAAACUCUGCAGGCCGACACCGUUGAGCUUGUUGAAACUGAUGGUACCGUCACGACGAUCCCUGCCGAACUCGUUCACAAAGGCGAUAUACUUCGUGUUCCUUCGGAUACCCUCGUCCCUACGGAUGGUGUAGUACUCCGUGGUACAAGCCAGGUCAACGAGUCCUCCGUAACCGGUGAAUCCAUGCCGGUCGACAAGCAUGAAGGCUCGAAGUUGACUGCGGGUAGUCUUAACCUGUUCGGCGUCCUGGACAUGACCGUCGGCCGCGUACCCUCUGACAAUACCAUCUCCGACAUAGGCAAGCUGCUACUCCAAGUGCAAGACUCGAGGGCUCCUGUGCAAGAUCUCGCCGAUCACGUGGCUUCUUACCUUGCGCCCGUCAUCCUAAUCAUUGGAGUUUUGGUGUUCGUCGUGUGGUUGUUGGUUGGAGUUUUUGUGAGGAAUGAGAGUUCGAGUGAAGCGGCGAUUGCGGCUUUGAGAUAUGCGAUUGCAGUUCUAGUGAUCUCUUGUCCGUGUGCGUUGGUGCUCUGUGUGCCGAUGGUGGUGGUGAUUUCAGCCGCUGUGGCAGCGAAGGAAGGCGUCUUGUUCAAGUCGGUUCAGGCCGUGCAGUAUGCGAAGAGCGUCAAGGUGGCCGUGUUCGAUAAGACGGGGACCCUCACUACGGGCCAAGUCUCCGUCGUCGACUCUCAGAUACUUCGAGUCGACUCUAUCGGCUUGAUCAUCGAGCUCGUAUCCAGCAGCCGGCACCCUGUUGCCCAAGCAGUCCACAGGCACCUUCGCGAACAAUACCCUGACGUCCCGGUCCUUCAGCGACUCCAGAACAUACAGUCACUUCCUGGAAAAGGCCUAGAGGCACGUUACGAUGGUUCAUACAUCCGAGGUGGAAGCGCUACCUGGCUCAAGCUCCGCGACGAUCCAAUCAUUUGUAGGAUGAAGGAUGAAACGUUUACCCUCUUCACCGUCACCGUCGCCGACAAGCUCGUCGCCGCAUUCGGACUCACGGACACCAUUCGCCCAAGUGCUCAUAAAGCCAUCCAGCUUCUGAGAAACCACGGCACAGACAUCUACAUCGUCAGCGGGGAUGAACAAUCAGUCGUUAGCGCUCUCGCCGUUAAGCUCAAUAUUCCACAAGAUCAUGCCAUAGGUGGAUGUCUUCCCCAGACGAAGCAGGAACGCGUAUCCGCACUUCAGUACCAGGCCCCGAACGCCGAGGGCGGGAGGAUCAACGCCAAGACCAGCCAGAGGGCGAGAGUAAUGUUCGUCGGAGACGGAACAAACGACAGCCUCGCCCUCGCCCAAUCGGACGUCGGAGUCUCUCUGAGUUCCGGAACCGAUAUCGCCCUCAGCGCUGCCGAUGUUGUCAUCCUCGACUCCGACACGGCCGAUCUUGCGCGAGCCAUGCAGACCAUCCUGGGGAUAUCUGAGGGUGCCGUCCGCCGUAUUAUGGUCAACUUCGCGUGGUCGCUGGUGUAUAACGUCGUAGCGGUUCUGUUGGCUGCGGGAGCGUUUGUAGAGUUCAGGGUGGCACCAGAAUACGCGGGUUUGGGCGAGAUGGUUUCAGUCAUUCCUGUUGUGUUGGUCGCGUGGAGUAUGUGGUUUCUCAAGAAGUGAGUGGCAUCAUGAUAUUGGUGCACAAGGUAGGUGAUCCAUUCGGUUCAAGUUGUUUUUUCUUGUCUGCCUCUGUACCGGUAAUAUUCUCGCGCCGCGAUGUGGCCUUGUGUUUUGAUAAGCUCGAAGACCUGUUCUUACAGAAACCAAUGAUGACCUGCCCGGAGCAGUAUUUACGACAUGUUCCCCAAUGAUGUGCGGAUAUGUACAGCGGAGGUCAGCGGGGAAGCGACGACGUUAUGGGGAAAGUCUGGGGAAUAUAUGGGGAAGUUAAGAGGAUCGCUGUGCCACACGCGAGCCCAUUGGCUCCUCGGCACCUGUGCUUCAAGUCCGAGAGUCCGCACUCUGACCCCGCAAUAAGCCGCUCGCCACCAUUGUGAUCGUCCAGCCCACAAAGCCCACAUCCUCGAUCUCGAUUCGCUCUAGUUGCACCCAAGACUCCUCACUAAUACCUGCGAUAUACAAAAUAUCGCCCUUGUUAGGAGUCCGUUGAAAUAUAUCCACUGCCUCUGGAUAGCUUGAAGAGUUCGACGCAAUGCGAACUCCCGAAAACGGAUCAUAUGCGGCAUAGACAACGAUGACGCAGAUCACUGCAAUAUUCUAAUCCGGAACACCGUACGGACUUGUCAGAGAUAAUUUCACUGAAAUUGGCACAACUAGAACACCUCG